UAAUCUUAAUAGACGAGCUUAGUUACACUUUUUAGUCUGUUUUGCUAAAAGCUUAAAAAUGUACGUGGUUUCUAAUUUAGUUAAAGUAACCAUUCCCAACUAUCUGUCGAGCUUGCCAAUUCCAGAUUCUGUUGGCGGAUGGUUUCGUCUUGGAGUUAAAGAUUGGUUAGCACUGAUUCCGCCUACAGUUGUAGUUGGCGGUAUAUCUUACUACUCUUACCAGACAAUAAAAAAAGCCAGAGAAGCUGGCAGUGGUCAAAUAAACCCUUGUAUCAGGAAGGACAUUAAUAAAGUUGUAGACUUUAUUGACAUUGAGGAUAUAACUGAGAAGGCAUCCCUUUGCAGAUGCUGGAGGAGUAAAAAUUGGCCUUAUUGUGAUGGUAGUCACGGUCCCCAUAAUAAAGAAACUGGCGACAACACCGGCCCAGUCGUUGUCAGACACAAACCAGCCAACUAAAUACAAACAAAUAAAUAGCAAGUGUAGUUUUCAAAAAAAUUAUGUAAAAACGAAUUAUUGCAUUGUUUUAUUUAAGAUUAAGCAUUUCUAAUCGUGGUUUGUUGCGUAAGUGCCUGAAGCGAAACGCUCUGUACAAUAUAAUUUCAGUAUUAUUUAUCAGUUAUAAAACUACACGAUUCUAUAUUGUGUGAUGUCAUAUUUCAAAUAUGAAUUGUUACACGUUAGUACCUACUUAUUGUUAGUGUUACAAACACUAUAGUUUUAUAUUUAUUAAGAAUAAUGCAACAAAAUAUGUCAAGAAUUUAAGAAUUAAUCACAGGUAAUUUAAAUUAAGUUUUUUAUAUUUCGUUUUUACUUAAUUUCGCUUUUUUCACUGACUUGAAGUGUUAUAUUCUUAGCGCAAUAAAAUAAAUGACUUGUUAUUGACC